AUGACGUCGUACUUGCUCAAUGUAAACCUAAGUGACGGGCAGACCUCUAUUCUGGAGAUAUCUUAUGUAACGUUGAUGUUCUUUGAUACAGUCACUGCCGAAUUGUCACGUGAAUAUGGUACCUGUGAUCAUUUCCUGUAUGAGGAUGAAGAUGGUGAUCGUAUUGCGGUCCGAAAUGAUGAAGAUUUGCCUGCUUUUGCUUCGCUUCUUCAAAGCGAAGGACAUGCCAAAAUUUGGCUAGUCCAAUGCACUUCGACUGUUUUGAACGAGAUUCCUGCUAUUUUUCCAUCAGAUCUCAAACAUCUAAACAUGAUAUCACACGGACAGUUUGGAAGCGUUUACAGAAGUAUACAUCUACCAACGGAUCGGGUACUUGCUAUAAAGAGCAUAUCUUUCGGAGAAUUUGAUGAAAAGAAGGAUGACGUGAUUAAGGAACUAGCUCUGAUGAAAAAGUGUUCACCUUGUCAAUUUGUGGUCUCACUAGUUGGCGCAUCAAUUGAUUCACAGACGCUGUACAUUUGCUUGGAGUAUAUGGAUGGUGGUUCUAUCGGCGGUUAUGGAGCACUGCCUGUAGACGUUAUGAAGUUCGCAACACGCUGUAUCUUGGAAGGAUUGAAAUAUUUGUGGACUAACAACAUAAUGCAUAGAAUUUGA